AUGACGGACCCUGUUCCACGCAAGUCGGUACCCCUGACUUGCCAUGGUCACACGCGACCUGUGGUGCACUUGGAAUAUUCAGAGAGGCAGGACGAUGGGACGUUUCUGCUACUGUCGAGCUGCAAAGACGGUAGUCCCAUGCUGCGCGAUUGGGUUGGCGACUGGGUAGGGACAUUCUUGGGCCACAAAGGUGCUGUAUGGAGUGCCAAACUCAACGGAGGAGAUGCGGCGCGUGCCGUCACAGGCAGUGCUGAUUUCUCGGCCAAAGUAUGGGAUACGUAUACGGGCGAAUGCUUGCAUACAUUCACACACGGCCAUAUUGUUCGAAGCGUUGCUGUUGACUCGGAUGCGACCAAUGUGAUCACAGGUGGAAACGAAAAAAAACUGCGUCUCUUUGAUUUACAGAAGCCAAGCACGAAUGCAGACGACGCGCAGCUAUUUCGAGCGCGCUUUGACAACAACGCAACGCACGAAGGACUCAUUCGCAGUGUUGUUCUUGGGCGCGGCUCGUCUCAGAAUAUUUUGGUCACUGCAUCAGAGGACAAGCUCAUUCAAUGGUGGGACCUGAGGACCAUGGAGCCCGUGCACGACAUGAUACUGGACGAGCCGUUCGUGUCUAUGGAGCGGUGCGUCGGUGCCUUUGGCGAAUAUGUCACGGUCACAGCAGGACAUGACGCCAUGUUCAUCGACUUGGCCACUCACGAAGUGGUCAAGCGGCACACGUUGGACGUGCCGCCGUCGUCCAUAUACCUGCAUCCCACGACGGCGCAUACAUUUGUGGCUGGUUCCACGGCGGACGAGUGGGUCAGGAUCUACGAGUACGAGAGUGGGAAAGAGCUCGAUUUGAACAAAGGGCAUCACGGCCCCGUUCAUUGCGUCAGCUAUACGCCUGAUGGCGAAGCGGCCGCAAGUGGGAGCGAGGAUGGCACGAUUCGAUUGUGGCAGACCACACCAGGGAAGAAGUAUGGACUUUGGUCGUGA